AUGUCGUCUCGCGUGGGUUUCCGCUUUGUGAACAAUGCUCGCUUUGCAUUCCGCAACGCCUCUGCGCCAUUCCGCCGGCCGGGUGCCCAGAGCUUCCGCUGGCAGAGCUCCGAAGCCGGUGCUGCGGAGCAGCAGAGCGCCUUCCAGCGCCUAUGGAAUAGCCCUGUUGGUAUGAAGACUGUCCACUUCUGGGCCCCGGUUAUGAAGUGGUGCCUGGUCAUCGCCGGUAUCUCCGACUUCGCCCGUCCCGCCGAAAAGCUCUCCCUCACCCAGAACGCUGCUCUGAUGGGCACUGGUGCCAUCUGGACUCGCUGGUGCCUGAUCAUCAAGCCCCGUAACAUCCUGCUUGCCGCUGUGAACUUCUUCCUCGGAUGCGUUGGUGCCGUCCAGGUCACUCGUAUCUUCCUGUGGCAGCGCAGCCAGUCUGACUCAACCGUCGAAGCCGCCAAGGAGAUUGAGCAUGAAGCUGUUGACUCUGUCAAGGCCACCGCCGAGGCGGCCGAGGGCGCCGUGAAGAAGGCUGUUGAGAAGUCGACUUAG